ACUUUGAAGAUAUGGGUAAGAUAAAAAAGAAGGGUGUAGAAUAAUGUAAGACCAAGACUAUAAGAGAAAGAGAAAGAGAGAGCGAGAGAGAGACAGGAGGGGUUAGAAAAUGAGAUAGAGAGAUAUUCUCUUUAGUCAUCAUGGUUUUUGGUGUUUUCUUUUGAAAUCAAAACAAGGUAAAAACCAGAUCUCUGUAAGAAGAGUCCGAGGGUGCUUUUUUUAUUUUGUUGUUGUUUUAAAGUUUAGUAGUAUAUAUUUGUGUGGGGAGAGUGUUUUAGAUUGAAGCUUGAGUUGUGCUUUUCUUGUCUCUUUGGCAGAAUCAGAGAGAGAGAGAGAGAGUCAGUAUUUGAAUUUAUAUACCAAAGAUUUAUCUGCUUGCGUUUGGAGAAAUCCUUGUUUUCUUUUGUUUUGUACUGUUUUUUAGUUUUAGCCUUUUGAAAGCUAGUUGUUUUCUUGCAACUAAUAUUCAAAACUAUCAGUUUUCGGAAUUUAGUUGCCAAAACAAAAAUUAAAAAAGAUGUCUGGUGAUGCGUUUUCCAUGCCUGCUUCAAGAGGAGGGUUUGUUCAAGACCAAAAUAAUGCAAACCCUAACCCUAAAGCUAAUCCUAAUCCUGUUAAGAAGAAGCGAAAUCUUCCAGGAACUCCUGAUCCAGAUGCUGAAGUUAUUGCUUUAUCUCCCAAAACUCUUAUGGCUACAAACAGAUUCAUAUGUGAAAUAUGCAACAAAGGUUUCCAAAGAGACCAAAACUUACAGCUUCAUCGCCGGGGUCACAAUCUUCCAUGGAAGCUCAGGCAAAGAACCAACAAAGAGGUCCGAAAGAAGGUUUAUAUCUGUCCUGAGAAAACCUGCGUUCACCACGAUCCAUCCAGAGCUCUUGGCGACCUCACUGGAAUAAAGAAACAUUAUAGCAGAAAACAUGGGGAGAAGAAGUGGAAGUGUGAGAAAUGUUCAAAGAAAUAUGCAGUUCAAUCAGACUGGAAAGCUCACUCCAAAACUUGUGGUACUAGAGAGUACAAGUGCGACUGUGGGACACUAUUUUCCAGAAAAGACAGCUUUAUCACCCAUCGAGCUUUUUGUGACGCCUUAGCUGAAGAGAGUGCACGACUCACUUCUGUUGCAGCCACAAACCUAAAUUUCAGAAAUGAUACUGUGAAUCUGCCGCAUGGAUUUGCUGGCCGGGGAGUUCAAGAUGUUGCUGGAAUUUCUCAACUCGGUUCGGGUUUCGGACAAGAUUUCACUGGGAUGCCUGCAGCAGGUUUGCCUGAGAUUGUUCAAAUGGCUUCAGGCAAUCUCUUUGGCUCAUCUUCACUGACCAAUUUUGAUAACCACGGUCACUUCCCUGGAUUUGACAAGAGUGGUGCAACUUCAACAAAUGCCAAUCUCUCCUUAUCGCCAUUGCCACAAGGGUUAAAAGAAGAAGGUGGAAGCAAAGGUAAUUUGAUGGAAAGCUUGUCGUCUCUCUACUCGGAAACUCAAAACAAGCAACCCAAGCCUGCUGCACCCAUGUCCGCAACUGCACUCCUGCAAAAAGCAGCCCAGAUGGGUUCAACAAGAAGCAACCCAUCGUUCUUUGGGAACAGUUUUGGUGUAAUGAGCUCAUCUUCUUCUCACACGGUUAGUCUGAGUUCAACUCAGGAUAGAAAUGAUCAGCUGCACCAGGUUUAUCCAAAUCAUGUGAAGGAACAAGAGACUUUCAUGGCAUCAAGUAGUGUAUCAAUGAGUACUGAUGCAGGUCUCGGAAGUUCAAAUUUUAAUUCUGUGGCCAGUGCAACGAGCAACAAUCUUGAGCAGCUCAUGUUACAAACAGGAGCAAAACACAGUAACCCAAGUCAACUAAAGAUGCACCACCCUGGUUCAAAUUCCAUUGAUCAAAGUCUGACCAGAGACUUCCUUGGCAUGAGCAACGAUCAAUCUGCUCGUCCAUUUUUACCCCAAGACCUAGCCAAAUUUGCAUCAAUUGGCUCAACCAUGGGCUUGAGUCAAUUCACCAGCAACCACUGAGCUCAGCUACCUAGCUACCUUUCCAAAUACCGUUACAGCUCAGUAAAAAAAAAUUCAGCAAAAAAAAUAUACGAGUUGCCGAUACGAUUAUAUAUGCAAUAUAUAAUCUUAAAAAAAAAAAAAAAGGCUGAAGGUUGGGGACCAAGUUGGAGACUCGGUGUACAAGCAAACCAAAGCCCCAGAAAAAAGCACAGAAGCUCAUCUUGUGAAUGGUCAGUGAAACAGCCGAGGGGGGGACUUGUGAGGGGCCCAAUUCCAUGUUUGAAAUGACUAAACAAUGAGCCAACUCCAAGUCAUUGCAUGUACUCGUUGUUGUUCUUGUUGUUUUCUUUUCUGUCUCAGCUCUCUUAUCGUUUUUUUCACAAUAUUUUUUCUUUUCUUUUUAUAUAUAAUCUUUCCUUCUUCACUUUCUCUCUCUCCUUUUUGAAAUUGAACAGCACUGGAAACUAAAGUAUUUGGUUGACUGUUCGUCAAAGUAAUGCGGCUCACUCGUCAACGUUGGUGGUUUUAGGAUUAGGAGAGAGAGAGACAAACAGAGAAAGAUUAUUUAGUCAUCAGUUUGCAGCUUGUUCCCUUGUUAUAUAUUAUACUUGUUAGGUAUUAGGGGAGACUUAGAUUAUACAUAGUAGCCUUUGCACGUCUCUAAUUUGUUUUCUUUUCUCUCUAUUUUUUGCUUUUUUGGUUUCGGAUUAUCAUCGGGUGCUUGUUUUAUUUAAACAAUUAGACGAUCAAGUGGAAAGGCAAGGUAGGCAAUAGCCAUGUUGGAUCAAGUAGGAAGAAUCUAGGGGCUGCAAGGUAGACCUUAUAGUGUAAUGAGAAAUCUAGUACUGAAAUUAUUGGGGCCAAGGAUGGCUUUGAGGGUGUGUUCAAAGUCAAGGACAUCCGUCCGAUCUGUCCAACGUUAAUUGAUGGAAAUUUGGGUAAAAAAAAAAAAAAGAGAAAACAUCCGGGGAAUUAUCCAAAAGAUCAAUUGCACUUCUAGAUGAUGUUUUUGCCUUGUAUAUAUAAACAUUUGUAGAGAAUGUUAUGAUGAUGCCCUAG